AUGCCCAAAAGAGAGCUCAGAGUAGCUUCAAACCAGAUCCUCUCUCUCUUUCAAGAUAAUUAUCCUGAAAUUGUUGCUCAUAAUAUUUUCAUCAAUGUUCCAUGGUACUUCAACAUGCUAUACUCUGUUUUCAGUCCCUUUUUAACUCAAAGAACUAAGAGCAAGUUCGUGAUUUCUAAGGAAGGAAAUGUAGCCAAGACACUUUACAAGCCUGAAGAUGCUCCUGUUCAGUACGGUGGACUGAAUCAACCCAGCGAUUUUCAAAAUGGUCCUCCAAAACCAGCUUCUGAGUUCACUGUCAAAGGAGGAGAAAAAGUGAACAUUCAGAUUGAAGGCAUUGAGGUUCAUCACUGUCAAAGGUGGUGCAAAGGUUGCCAUCCACAUGGGGUUGCAUUAGGAAUGCAUGAUCUUGCAUUUGAGGUUGCAGUUGAUUUCAUCAUUGGUUGCAUUGAGUUGCAUGAGGUUGCAUAUGAGUUUUCAGAUUGGGAAAAUAAGGUUGCACGAGGUUGCAAUCGGUUGCGUUUGCUUGAAUUUGAGGUUGCAUGA